UAUAGACAUGGUAGAAGCUCCUUCAGAAACACCCCAUCAGCCAUGGAACUCUGGAAUAUCACUUUCGAGGGAAAAAUCCACAUAGACCAAGGCAAUUGGUGUCUAUGGCUUACGCUAGAAAGGUGUAAGUGCACAGCUGUGGAAAGAAUCUUUCGAGGGGAGAACCAAUGGUCCUUUAUAUACCUCGCCUCCCUAAUCACACUAUACCUAAUCUUGUUACACAUUGCUGUUAUAAUGAUCGCCAUCAUCAUGUUCGCUAUAAAAUUAAAAGAUGUCAGAACAUGUAAAAAGGUCCUCUCUUUUCACGUAAGAUCUGCUUGCUGCCAGUCAUCCCACAUUCCAGGUACGCCUUUCCGAGGAACACCGAAUUCCACAUAUAUUGCUCUUGUUCGACAUUUCAAUCAACACAAUCAACACACAACUGUGAGAGUUUAA